AGGAUGGCACUUCUUGAAGCACACUAUGAUCAAAAUCACCGUGGUCGGCUCAUGGCGGAGGAGAAGAAGGUUUUCACUCCACUUCGACUUAGGUCUCAUGAGGCUCAUGAUGAAGAGAAAAUGGAGUACGACGAUCGGUACACUAAGUAUAUCGAGAGGCUUGGGUUACUCCCUUUUAUUACCCUAGUCACUCGGUCGACGCCCGCGAUGAAUCCUUGUGCGAUCACGGCACUUGUUGACCGUUGGAGGCCCGAGACCCAUACUUUUCACCUUGGGUGUGGAGAGAUGACCGUCACUUUGCAGGAUGUGUCGAUGAUCCUUGCACUUCCGAUCAGUGGAGCUCCUCUCUGUUUUAGCACAAACUCGAAGGGAUGGCGCGAUUCGAUGAGGUCACUCAUUGGGUGUGCGCCGUUGGUAAAAGACAUGCCCGCAGGUGCGCCAUACACAUGGAUUUCAUUGAGGUAUAAGAGAUGCCCCGAGCUUGCUACAAAGGAGGUGGUGCAAUAGUAUGCCCGUGCAUAUGUGUGGUAUGUUAUUAGUCGGACUCUCUUUGCGGGCAGCGGUGGUAGAAAUGCUCCCUACAUGUGGCUAAAGGCUUUGACUAGUUGGGAUAGCAAAUUCAGUUGGGGUACGGCGGCUCUUGCUUAUUUGUACCGGCAGCUGGACGAGGCGUGUCGUAGGUCAGACCCUCAGGCUUGUAUUGGUGGUCCGUUGCUUCUAUUGUCGGUGUGGAUGUGGUCGCGUCUUCCUGUUGGACUGCCCGAUGUUCUUCCGCAUGAUGAUUGGGAUGAGUACGGCAUGCGGCAGUGUCGUCCUACAUGGGCGUUCUUCUAUGAUAAGGUUGAACCAUACGUAGGGAAAACAAAAACCAUGUACAAGUACUACAGCAACGAGUUCGACUCGCUGACACCGGGCAUGGUGAAUUGGGAGCCAUACGGGAAGGCUGAAAACUUUGCUCGAAUUUACGAAUUUGACUUGAACCCCCAGUGUACGGCUGAAGCACAUCUCUGGCGGAUGCAGUGCCCUUUAAUCUGUCUCUAUGCUGUCGAGUAUCACCUUCCACAACGGGUGAUGACCCAAUUUGGUUUAUUCCAGGAGACCCCGCCGGAGUGGAAGGACACGAGCAUAGAUCUCCAUAGGCUCGACAGAAUGCAACAAAAGACUAUCACGAAUUGGGCAGAUCAUCAUAGCAAGUACAUCAUAGAGUGGUGGGAAGUGCUUCGCAAGGCCGAGAAAACUCGAGAUGAUACUACUCGAAGGUUCGAUAGUGAUGCAUUUGACUAUUAUGUUGCUUGGCUCAAGGAAAAUACUCGUUGGGAGGUUAAUGCACCAGCAUUCACACAACAAGAGACACUGGAGCUACCCAAUCCUGGUUUUGAUGACAUUGCCAACCUCCAGUACAAUAGGCUUAUCAGGGAUGGUCGGCCAGUUGAGCUAGCCCCAGUGCUCCGCUUUGUGCGCGAGGAGCUCGUUAGGCACAACGCUGACGCGAUGGAGGCAUUGGCAUUACCUCCGGGACGACGGUCCGACAAAGCACUUGCAAGAUUUGCUAAGACUAGCAUUGCUCGUGUACGUUCAUUGGUCGCGAUCCUUGGUUGCCGUUCUAUGGUGGACACAAUGCCUAGCGGCUCGAGAUCAAACUUGGCUUAUGGAGAGAGCACGAGCGGUCAGAACGUCGAGCUUGAGGAAAAGAUCGAUGAGGAUCCAAUGGAUGUGCCUGAGGAGGAACUCGAGGCUGAGGUGGAUGACUUCUUGGGACGCGCUGAAUAUGCGAUGGAGAGGGAGGUGGAUGGACAGGAUCAUGACGAGAUAAGCACUUCUCAUCUAGAAGAUGCUCCACAGCCGACUCGGCCUACUCAGCCUCGCGACUUUGGUCUCAAACCGAGGAGGCCUUAUGAGCGUUGGACUCCGGAGCAGAAGACAAGAUAUCAACGUCUUCGGCCACGCCUUAGGCGUCCAGCUGUCAUCGAAGAGGAUGAGGAUGAGGAACAUGCGGCAAGGAGGAGGAAGAAUGAACAACGCUCGAAGGCCAAUCACGAGCGCCUCUCAAGAAAUUGGGUAGUUGGCCAUGUGCCGUCUCGGAGCGUGUCGCUGGCGCCGGCGGGAGGUGUCGAGCGACUUGCGGUGCUCCUCUUCCUUGCCAUGGUGGCGCGGUGCUACGAGUGGCAGGGAGGUGCUGCGCUGGUGUCUUCGUCAAUAAUCUCGCACCAGUCUGGCUGGUGGAGCUCUGGGGUCUGCAGUUCUGCUACUUCUUCGUCAACGCGCCAUGGAGGCGAUGGGGAGAAGAGGGUGGCGGCGCUCGGUAGCCAGUUCUCCGGCGGUCCUGGAGUAGUGAUGCUGCCUUUUCUUGCGGAAGAUUCUCGGCGCCCUUCGUCCUGGCGUCCGACCCUGCUGGCCAUCUGGUGGCCACCGCGGCUGGCGAUGAAUGCCGGCAAGACUUCAACCUCCAUGUGGAGGCCCUGUUCGGAGUUCAACACGGCGCUCCACUUCCUCUUGGCUCCAAGUGGUUUAGUCCCCGGUGCCGGCGAGGAUGGUCGUGUUUCGAGCUCUGCAAUAAUGGAGUACAAUAUAUUGGUGCUGCGAUUUUCCACUUCAGACAUGUGA